AUUAGUCCAUCAUUUGGCUGAUGAGUGACUGUGGGAUCUUGCUUGGCUGCUGAACAUGACAAUCACCGCACCUCUAAGGUCCAGAGGCAAAAUGGCUUCCAGCUUCGAGGUCACGGACAGAGGUCACUCCAAGGUUCUCCUUCACGAACUGAAUGAGCAGCGAAUACAAGGCAUCUUCUGUGAUGUGACCAUCGUGGUGCAAGACAGCAAGUUCAAAGCCCAUAAGAACAUCCUUGCCGCUUUCAGCCGUUACUUCAAGGAGCUGUUGGCCAACCAGAGCCUUUGGGUCAUGGACCCCGUGCUGGAGCUGAGGGAGAUGAAGGCCGAAAUCUUCGCCAAGAUCCUCAACUUCAUCUACAGUUCCAGAGUGGUGAUCGAGAGGCUGGAGGAGGCCAACGACUUAGCGAGUGCAGGGCAUCGGCUGGGAAUACACUUGCUGAAAGAUCUGCUGGAGGUGUCUUCACAGACGAGAGCCUGCAACGACAGACUGACCCCCCCUCUGCACAGUCUUCUCUCUCUCAAUUGUCUGACUUCCCUCAGAUCCCUCAAGGCCCAAAGAGGACAAUCAGGACUGUACCGGCGGAGAGAGUUUCGAGGAUGA